UCGGAUAAAACGUAGACAUACCAUGCAAACCAGGUUAAAACGGACCCAUCUCUGGAUCAGGAAGCAUUUAACGCGAAAAAGKAGAUCGGGAAUGGACGAAGCUGAAAGCAAAGUAUCUGAGGGCAAGUUUGAAGAGGCAUUGGUUAUCUACGACAGUAAUAUUGCCACAAGCUCGGAACAAAGGAACCCAGCAGAUACAUUUGAACUUCUUCUCGGGAAAUCAUUGACUUUGAUUCUACUCUCAAGAUUUAACGAGUCUGCUCAGAGUUACCAAAAGGCUGCAUCUAUUUCUCAAAUAAAUGAAUCUCAUAUUUCACAUUUUAUAGACAAUUUGGUGAAAAUUUUAGAUAGUAUUCACCUAGCUGACAAUCCAGUGUGUCACUCGUCGGAGGAUAGGAUAAGUUGUUCAGUGUGUAGAGGAAUCUACACUGAACCAACUACUUUGUCCUGUGGGCACACUAUCUGCCUAAAUUGUGUCACAAAGCUCGAUAAUAAAGGCUGUAUAAUCUGUGGCAAGCCGAACAGUGGAUGUGGAGUAAAGGUCAAUGUCAUAUUACAAGAAAUUAUUUGGAAGUAUUUUAAAAAUGAAUUUGAAGCUUCCAGGCGACGUUUGGAAGGGAAUGUAUUACUGAAAGACGGAAAAAGGAACCAGGCCCUGAAGAAAUACAAUGAAGCCGUGGAAUUAGAUCCCAAAGAUCCACCACUAAACAGCAACAUUGCUCUUGUCAUGACUCAAAAUGGCRAGUUUGAAAAAGCUUUACAGUAUGCAAAUAUGGUUUGCAAAAUUCAACCAGAAUGGGCCAAGGGUUUCUAUAGAAAAGGGUGUGCACUUAUUGGACUACAAAGAAAACCAGAAGCUGCCUUUGCAUUCUUGAAAUGUCUAGGAAAAGAUCCAGGAAACAAGAUAGUGAGAAAUUUAACAACUGAGGUAAUACAAGAUAUGUUCAAUGAACAAGUCACCAUAGAUGAUCAGUCAGUUGCCAGUCUCACUAUGAUAGCAGAAUUGAUGGAAUUGUUUGAAGAGUACAAAAACACAAGAACUGAAGAAGAAGAAGGAGAGAAAUCUGAGGUUGCUGGAGCCGAGGRGGAAGAAGUAGAAACAUCCAAAUUAAGGAAUUGUGAUGCACAAGAUUUUGAGUGUACAUUGUGCUGCCGGUUGUUUUACAAACCAGUCACGACCCCAUGUGGUCAUGUGUUCUGUAAGAAUUGUCUGAAC